CCUUUAGCCAAUAGAUUAGCAUUUUUUUUUAAACUCGGUAACGGUCUGUGGUGUAGAUUCGGCUUUUGGGUUUUCACUUGACUGAAGACACGUUUCAGUAGCCGCACAGCUGCCAGGGAGCACAGCCACUCAUCAUGGCCGAGCUACGUCCGUUGACCGCCGAGCUGCGUCACAUUGCCGAGACGGAGCUGAACGAAGUGAAGGAGCGGCUGCCAGCCGACUUGGAUGCCCUGCGCGAGUGGCUCUCCAAGCAACCGCAUCUGCGGGCGCGCCAGGAGGACCAGUUCCUGGUGGGAUUCCUGCGGGGCUGCAAAUUUAGCCUGGAGAAGUCCAAGUCCAAGAUAGAGCACUUCUACACGAUCAAGACAUUGAUGCCGGAGCUCUUUGCCAAUCGGGUGGUGGACGACAAGAUCCUGGCACUCUGUCGUACGGGCACCUAUGUGCGGCUACCCAAUGCCUGGGGACCCAGCGGACCUCGCAUCCAGAUCACCAACUACGAGAAAUUCGAUCCCAAAGUCUAUAAGCUGGUGGACCUGUUUCGCUACCAGACGAUGCUGUCGGAGCAGGCUAUAUGGGAGGACGACCACACCAACGUGAGCGGAUUCAUUGAGAUUAUCGACAUGGGCAAGAUGAGCCUCAGUUUCCUGGCCCAACUGGACUUUACCCUCAUCAAGCGAAUGGGCGUCUUUGCCGAGAAGGCGCAGCCCACCCGCCUGAAGGGGAUUCACCUUAUCAACUGCCCCAAGGAGGCGGUGGCGCUUCUCAAUCUGGCCAAGGGCCUCAUGCCCAGCAAGCUGCAGCAACGAUUUUACGUGUAUAAGAAUCUAGAGCAAUUAAACAAAGUCAUACCACGCGAAUACCUGCCCGAGGAGUAUGGUGGCAGCAAUGGACGUAUAUCCGACAUCCAGGCGGAGACGGAGAAGCAGCUGCUGGCCUACAGCGACUAUUUUAAGGAGGAUUCUCAGUAUGGGGUGAACGAGCAGCUGCGACCGGGGAAACGAGUCAAUGCCGAUUCUAUCUUUGGCUCAGAGGGCUCUUUCCGCAAGCUGGACAUCGACUAGGGAUUUGCAGAUUAGUUGUACAAUGAUAGUAGAAAUGGUUUCAAUUAAAAGUGCUCAAUUUAAACGUA